UGGUGCUGUGAUACUCAUCUAUGCUCUGUGUUUCCACCUUUAUCACUGCGACCCCUCCAGCACCAUGCUGGUGCAGAGUCUGGAUGACGGGUUCACCUGGAGCGCCCCACGAAACCUCUCCGUUGAGUUGGGGGUGAAGAGCUUUGCUCCAGGGCCUGGCUUCGGCAUACAGAAACGGUAUGCUCCCAAUGUGGGCCGUCUGGUGGUGUGUGGCCACGGAUCCAUCGCUGGUGACGGGGUCUUCUGCAUCCUGAGUGAUGAUCAUGGUGAAUCCUGGCGAUAUGGAGCUGCUCUGAAGAGCAUCCCUUACAACCAGCCUAAACAAGACCUGGACUUCAACCCAGAUGAGUGUCAGCCAGUGGAACUCGAGGACGGAAGUAUAGUCAUCAAUGUGCGCAACCAGAACAAGUACCACUGCCGCUGUCGAAUAAUCGUGCGGAGUUUGGAUGGAGGCGAGUCGCUGCCCGUGGAGGAACUGGUGUUUGACAAAACACUGAUCGACCCCGUGGUCGCAGCCGGAGCCCUGCAGAAACAAGGAGUGAUGUACUUCACCAACCCCUCCAGCACUCAGCACAGGGUCAAUCUAACUCUUCGCUGGUCCUUCUCUGAUGGGAAGUCAUGGGAAAAGGAGGCAGUCCAGAUCUGGGCGGGGCCAAGCGGUUAUUCGUGUAUAACAUCACUCAAGGGAGAUUCUCCUGAGGACAGCAAAUUCAUCUACGUCAUUUACGAAAAGGGCCAUAAAGAUUACUGUGAGACCAUCUCUUUUGCCAAAAUCCAUCUGUAUGGAGGGAAAUAACAUGCAGGUGGAGGAGCCAAGAAAAGGGAUAUUUAGGACUUUUAAAAUGAACUUUUUUUGUUGUUGUUGAGAAAAUCAAGGUAUCAGCCUGAUGAAAAAUCAUUUUCGUUACAUUAAAUCUGGUCUAUACUAUGAAUGGUUUUUAUAUGAAUUUCACUCCGGAAAAAUAUUGAGGCAUCCUGCUUCAGUGCGAGAUUGAUUUAUACAGCAAUAUAUUAUAAAACAGCUAUGAUUGUACCCACUG